AUGACCGAGUUGGAGCCCAGUGAAAGGAGUGGGGUAGAGUAUGUGCCUUACAAUACAGAAAAGAACAACCUCGUCCAACUUAAGCCUCAAAACCAAGGCGCUAAAUCGGACACACUUUUCUUGAUCAUGACAGUUCUUUCAGGGACUAUGGUUGCCACUGUUGCUGGAACCCAAUUGGUGUGGACAUCACCCGUAAUCCCAAAAAUUACCUCAAAUGUUUCUGAUGACAAUCCGUUGGGAAGAAUUGCAACAACUUACGAAAUAUCGAUGAUUGCCGGUUUCCCACCAUUAGCAUCUCUUGCGGGAUCUUUAUUUUUGGGACAAUUAGCAGAAGUAUUCGGUAGAAAAAGGUCUAUCCUCAUCAUGGCUUUAGGGGAGAGUACAGCAAUUGUUUGCUUGGCAUUUAGUACAAAUGUGUACUGUAUUAUCGUCUUUAGAUGCGUAAUAUUUAUGUUUUUUAACGGAGCUGUCACUAUCAUACCUGUUUAUUUAACCGAAAUUUGCGAAGAUCACAACAGAGCUCGAUACGGUUGUUUGAUGGGUUGUAUGCUACCUUUAGGUAGCCUCUUCAGCUACGUGCUGGGGUCAUUUUUCACAAUUAGAGUAUACACAUUAUUAGCACUUAGUCCAUUAUUACUCUUUAGUUUCUUUUGCGUAUGUUCUCCCGAGUCUCCAGUGUAUUCUAUUUCUAGGGGAAGAAGAGAAGAAUGUUUAAAUGCUCUUAAAAAGUUAAGAAGCAAUAAAAAUGACAAAGAAAUUGAGGGCGAUAUGUACCAAAUUGAACAAGCUUUUAAACUUCAAGCAAAUUCUUCCUCCGGUAAUAUACUUACCUUAUUCUCAACGAAAGAAAAGAGAUACGCAACGCUUUUAGCAUUCGUUCUUCCUAUGAUACAAAUGUUAGCAGGAGCUUCCGUUUUGGUACAAUUUAUGGCACCUAUAUUUAUUGCAGCUGGCACAAAAUUUAACAGUAACCAUUUGGCAAUAGUAGUUGGUGGUAUAAAGUUUGUUAGUUUUAUAGUCACAUCUUCUAUUGUCGAGAAAACUGGAAGAAGAUCCAUGCUUCUUAUCUCCACAAUUGGAUCGUCUAUACCACUUAUAAUAUUGGGUGGAUUUUUUUACCUGAAGCACAUCAAUUCUCCAUUGAUUGUUUCACUCCAGUGGGUACCUUUGACCAGCGUAGUGGCUUUCAUGAUCACGUACUCACUAGGAAUUGGUCCAAUUCCAAUGGCCAUCAUGGGAGAAUUUUUCACUCCAGAUGUUAGAGCCGCAGGUGUAUCAUUUAUUAUGACAAUAAUGGGAACAUCCUUUUUUUUCGUCACAACUAGUUUCCCAAUCAUUAACAAAUUUCUAGGCUUGCACUGGGGUAUCUGGAUGUUCAGCAUAUUUUGUCUAGCUGGAGCAACAUUUAUUUAUUUUAUGAUUCCAGAAACAAAGGGGAAAACUGUUGUAGAAAUUCAAGAAUAUAUUAAAAGUCGUGUAAAUAAAUAA